AGGACAAGCCAGUGUCACACGACGCCUCCGAAUUCAUUUUCGAUUCCUCUCCUCUCCUCUCCUUCCACCGCCUAACGAACCACUCGCCAUCAAAGCCCCCAGAGAGCGCGCCAUGGCGGCGCAGCGGCGGUGGCCGACGUCGACGCUGGCGGCGGUGGCAGUCGCCGUAGUAGUACUACUGGCGGCGUCGGCGGCGACGACGGCGGAGGCGCAGUCGGCGCCGGCGGCGGCGCCGGGGCCAGCGGGGCCGGUGCUGGACCAGGCGUGCCUGACGGCGCUGCUGAACAUGUCGGACUGCCUGACGUACGUGCAGAACGGGAGCAGGGCGCGGCGGCCGGACAAGCCGUGCUGCCCGGAGCUGGCCGGGCUGGUGGAGUCCAACCCGGUGUGCCUCUGCGAGCUCCUCUCCGGCGCCGGCGACUCCUACGGCAUCGCCGUCGACUACUCCCGCGCCCUCGCCCUCCCCGCCAUCUGCCGCGUCUCCACCCCUCCCGUCUCCACCUGCGCAGCCUUUGGAUUCAAUGUUCCAAUGGGCCCAACGCCGUCGCCUUCGCCGGCAGCCGUCUCGCCCUCCGGUGAGGGCCCACAGUUCCCUGGGACCUCACCGUUCGCCUCGCCGCCGUCGACGGCGACGCCGUCCACCAACGCCGCCGCCGCCGGCCGCUCCGGCGACCACCUCGUCGCCGUCGGCGUCGCCAUUGCCGCCGCCGCCGUCGUCGUCGCCGGGAUGUUUAGAAUCGUUUGAUUGAUCCGCUCAACUAGCUAUCAUUUUCUGGGGGUGAUGUGGCUGUUUGUUUGUAUGGUCCUUGCUGAUCAUAAUCAAAUUCCUUUUUAUUUAAAGACGUAUUAAGUAACUAUAAAAUUCCUUUUGAUGUAAAACUUGCUGGAUUCCAUGACAUUUGUCCUUGCAAGGACGUAUAUACUUAUCUUGUUCAUAUGUUUGAUGUGAUGACUCACAAGUCGUCAUGUAACCACCUAGUGUGGUAUGUGAGAAAUACUAGUACUUUUUCUGGUUU